AAUGUUGUGUAACACUACGCCCAGAAGCCAUGCCAACGCGGACACUGGCAUUCAGUCGGACGAGUUCCGACGAGAUGCCGCUGCUGCACGGACGAGCCUCUGCAUUUCUCGCGAUCUGUCAUUUGGUGUGUGCAGUCAGGGCCGCAGGCGAUGGCCGUGCACAUAUGCAGAGUCGGAGGGGUACUUAAACGACUCGGAAGCUUGGCGACAUAUGGCUUCGACUUCGGACUCGGACUCGGAGCGAACAGACACAUACAUAAGCCAGGCUGGAUCGUCCUUGGCUUUCACCCAAACUUUGCUAUAGAGUCCUAUCUGCACCUAUGUCUGACCUGGAUUGCGGCUGCUGUCUCUUGUGCAGCACCUGUUUGUCGGGAUGUGUUUGCUUGGGGUCGUGUAUGACAUUUGCAUUCGGAUGCCCUACUAAGGUGAACCUUGAUAAGGAGAAGCCUGCUCGUGUGUGUCCGCAGUGCGAUGAUGUUGCUGUAUUCCCCGCGGAGUCCCAUCAUCAGCUGAGAUGUUUCUUCUUGCCUGUCGCAUCCUUCAGCUCGAAACAGAUCUGGGUAUGUGACACCUGCGAUUGGCAAGGUGUAACGAAGAAGACGGAUGCAUCCCCAGAGUCCCCAGAUGCUGCCGUCAAGUACCCGGAGACGGCUGGGAGGCCAUCAACGACGGCGCACCAGCCCUCGCGGUCGAGAGAGAUGAACAUUCCUCCGAACGGUACAGGACCGGCCCACCAGCCCACUCGGUCGAGAGAGAUGAAUGUCCCUCCGAGUCACGGUGGCGCAGGCAGACCACCGACGCACCAGCCUUCGCGGUCACGGGACGUGAACGCGCCGCCGAACGCGCAUCCGCGACCCUCGAAGGAACCGGACUUGCCCAAUCCGUACGAGAUGACCACGCUGCCGACUGCAGGUCAGAAGUAGUUUAUGUCGAAGGACAUUGCUACUCGGGAUCACUAGAUGUCGUUCGCUAUCGUCGAGACUCUUCUCAUCUAUGCAUGUUGCCUUUGCGGAGAUAUCACAGGCCCAGCAGCAUUGCCGAAUCCUGAAGUGAGUGCAACAGAGGGCUGAUGCUUCUCCG